CCGGCGGCCGCCGCGAGGCUCGGAGGCGGCAGCGCGCCCCCCCUUCCGACCAGGAGCGCGCGCGCCGGCGUGAGCGCGGGAGUGAGGGCUGCGGGGAAGGGGGUUCGCCGCCGAGAUGCCCGAGUUCCUGGAGGACCCCUCGGUCCUGACGAAGGAGAAGUUGAAGAGCGAGUUGGUGGCCAACAACGUGGCGCUCCCGGCCGGCGAGCAGCGCAAGGACGUGUACGUGCAGCUCUACCUGCAGCACCUCACGGCGCGCAACCGGCCGCCGGCCGCGGGCACCAACAGCAAGGGGCCCCCCGACUUCUCCAGCGACGAGGAGCGCGAGCCCACCCCGGUCCUGGGCUCCGCGGCCGCCGUGGGCCGCAGCCGGGCCGCCGUCGGCAGGAAAGCCACAAAGAAAACUGAUAAACCCAGGGUUGAAGAUAAAGAUGAUCUAGACGUAACAGAGCUUACUAAUGAAGAACUUCUGGAUCAGCUUGUGAAAUAUGGGGUGAAUCCUGGUCCUAUUGUAGGAACAACCAGGAAGCUCUAUGAGAAAAAGCUGUUGAAACUGAGGGAACAAGGAACAGAGUCAAGAUCAUCUACUCCUUUGCCAACAAUUUCUUCUUCAGAAAAUACAAGACAGAAUGGAAGUAAUGACUCCGAUCGAUACAGUGACAAUGAAGAAGGAAAGAAGAAAGAACACAAGAAAGUGAAGUCCACUAGGGAUUUUGUUCCUUUUUCUGAACUUCCAACUACUCCCUCUGGUGGAUUUUUUCAGGGUAUUUCUUUUCCUGAAAUCUCCACACGUCCUCCUUUGGGCAGGACUGAACGACAGGCAGCUAAGAAAGUAUAUACUGCUAAGGGAGAUUCGUCUAGGGAACCUCUUAGUGCCACAACCUUGCCUGGCAGGGAACAGUUAGCCUCUGGAGGGAAUUUGUUGCUUUCCUCCAAGUCUAGCCUUGAUAGUUAUUUAGAGAAAAAUUCUUCGACAUCAUCUCAGCAUGAACUUGCUGCUAUGUUGGUCUCUGCUGCAGCUUCUCCUUCACUGAUAAAAGAAACCUCCAAUAUUUGUUACAAAGAUAUACUAGGAAAUAUUUUCGGUGGAGAGAGAAGUGGAAGUCAGCCAUUUAGUGCUGAGAGGUCUCAUGUUUCAGAGCAGUCGAGUCUUUCCAGUGAAAGAAAAGCACUAGAAGAAUCUGAGAGAUCACAAGUAAUUUCUCCGCCACUUGCUCAGGCAAUCAGAGAUUAUGUCAAUUCUCUGUUGGUCCAGGGUGGGGUAGGUAGUUUGCCUGGAACUUCUAACUCUUCACCCCCACUGGAUUUAGAAAACACACGGAAGAGAAUUGAUAAAUCUAAUUUCCAAGAAACUGAAUCCCUUUCUCCUCCACGGAAAUUCCCUAGACUCAGUGAGAAGUCAUUUGAGCAGGAUUCAGGUUCCUCUGUGGGACUGCAAAAUAUACCUGCGUCUGAACUGAUGUCCCCUUUUGCCAAAACUGUUGUCUCUCGCUCACUCUCUACAUUAGGCAUAGAAGUGCCUAAAGAAUCACAUCAUAAAAUAGAUGCCCCAGAACUGUCUUUUCCAUUCCAUGAAUCUAUUUUAAAAGUAAUUGAAGAGGAGUGGCAGCAAGUUGACAGGCAGCUGCCUUCAUUGGCACACAAGUAUCCAGUUUCUUCCAGAGAGGCAUCACGUAUAUUAUCAGUUCCAAAAGUAGAUGAUGAAAUUCUGGGGCUUAUUUCUGAAGCCACUCCACCAGCAGGUAUUGAGGCAGCUUCCACUGUGUCUUGUGAUAAACAGUUGGACUUGGCACUUUGUAGAACAUAUGAAGCUGCAGCAUCAGCAUUGCAGGCUGCAGCCCACACUGCCUUUGUUGUUCGGGCUAUGCAGGCAGACAUUAGUCAGGCUGCACAAAUUCUUAGUUCAGAUCCUAGUUGCAUGCACCAGGCACUUGGAAUUUUGAGCAAAACAUAUGACGCAGCCUCAUUUCUUUGUGACGCUGCAUUUGAUGAAAUAAAGAUGGCUGCCCAUACUAUGGGCUAUUCUACUAUGGGUCGUCGACAUCUGUGGCUGAAAGAUUGCAAAAUUAAUCCAGCUUCUAAGAAUAAGCUGGCUGUUACUCCCUUUAAAGGUGGGACUUUAUUUGGAGGAGAAGUGCACAAAGUUAUUAAAAAGCGUGCAAGUAAACACUAAUAAAAUUAAGACUAAAGAAACACUAGUAAGAGAUUUUAUCUUUGAUAUGGGGAAUUUAGAAGCUUUUAUGGAAUUGCAGGUACUCUUAGGCCAAAAUCUUCUUUAAAGGUGCUUUUUUUAAGACAUAGACAAAAAGCCUGAUAAAAUCUAAAGCUUUCUAGAUCACAUUUUUUGUUUCAAAUAGUUUGCUGUGUUUUACUAGAGUUUUUAUAUAUAUCUUCAAAACUUUUUAACAUAUCAAAUGUUCUUUUACUUUCUGGAACCUGUUUAUAAUUUUUCUUAUUUUCUCAAUUUUGUUUGUUUUUUAUUUUGUUUACAGUAUCAUUCAUCAUAUUCUAGAUUUGUAUAACUCAGUGUGCCAACCUUUAGCUAGUGACCUACUGACACGCAUGCACCAUCAUUUAAAUCUAGAGAUAACUUUAAGAUCGGCUACAGAGUUUAUCUUUGUUGUAAAGUUUUAAUGAUAGAGAGAAAACUGCUGAUUCACAUUCUGAUGCAAAUGCCUCGUUUCUUAAUGGACUGGUAGCAAACAGUUCUGGACCACACUUGAGAAGCACUACCCUAGCUGAUAAUCUGGGACAGUGCAUUCCCACUGUCACUGUAACUGUCACAUGAGCUGGGCCACUGGAAAGAUGGAACCUUUUUUUUUUUAAAUACAUUUAAGGUAUCUUGUAGCUGUGAAUGAUUAGGCUACACUUAACAAUCUGCACUCUAAAAACAAGUUACUAGGGUUUCUUUUUUAAGUCAUAGAAAUCACAGUGUCUGUAUGUCUAUGUAAAGCAAUACAUUAUCCUCUGUUUUCAUUUUUAUGAUUGUAAGAUGAGACAGCCUUAACUUUGGAAGCAUUUGAUAAUCUAAUUUUGUGUUUCUAUGGAAAAUAGUUCCUCGGGUACUUCUAGUUAUUCUUAAACUAUACAUGUCCAUCUUUGCAGCUUUCUGGGAGUAAUUUUGUUGUCUUCUGAAAUGUACAUGUAUCCAUGUACCUACUACAUGCUAUGUGAUUUUUUAAAAUGUAUUACUGUAGUAUGCUUCUGCAAAUUCAAUAAAGUUAAAUUUGAACAGUUUUGUGUGGUCUCCAGAAACAUGUUGUAUGUGUGUUUUAUUCUUUGGAGUUGCAGCAAUUUAGAUGUAUGUGAAUGAACAUCCCUUUUCCAUUUCAUCAAUGAAACUCAUUUGGUAUUCCAGUGGUAUAGUUGAAAAAAUUUUUUAUGGUUUUCUUCUAUUUGACGAUCAUGUUUUUAAUUGGCUGUUGGAAUUUAAAUUUGUAAGUGGAAUUACUCUGUAACCAGAUAGUUAUUUGUUAAAUCAGUUUCUGCUUAGCCACUAUUAGAAUCUUGGCUUUCUAAUUUUUAGAUUCUGAGUAAACACCUUAAAUUUUAAAAUGCUAAAGACUGUCACAAAUAAAUAUAAUAGUGGAUAUAUUAAGAGAAGUAUUGGGAGGUGAGGGGUGAAUUUGAUGCCUUAAUCUUAAAUAAAAAUUGAACUAUUUGAACUAGGUAAGAAUCACUAUUUUUGUGAAAUUUGAAGUAGGUUCAGGGUUGACUAGUGUUAACAGUAGAUAGCCAGAUACAUUUAUCUUACCUAAGUCACUUUUUAGCACAACUUACAUACAUUGAGUUGAUAUAAAAUUGAGUCUUUAAGGAUGAACUCUGUCUCUGGUAAGAAAGUAAUUUAACUCAAAAUUUUUGGUGAUAGAAGUUUUAGAAGUAAUAGCUGGCAGGUAUUUUGCUAUAUUAUGAUAAAUGACUGACAAAUUGUGGAAAUUAAAAUUAUCAGUCUUUUUAAAAAAAUCUGUUAUAUAAUCAAUGCUGGGAGAAUGGAUUACUGAUGGCCUAUAAAAAGAUGUAUAUUUGAGUUGUUCAGUUAAUAACCAUCAUGGUGGCUAUGUGCCCUAACUUCUCUGUACAGAGGUGUAUAUUAUUAAGGGGGGAAUAGAAGUCCCUGUGAUGGUUGUGUUUUUCUGUGCGCAAGAUUCCUCUUUACCUCAGUUACACCUAAAAAGUUUUUUGUGGGCCUCCCCGGUGGUGUAGCGGUUGAGCACUGGGUUGCGAAGCUGCCCACAGCCUCUGCAGUGCCGGUUCAAUCCCCGGCUGCUCCCCUCAGCAGUGUACUUCGGUCCUUCUGCCUGCUCUGCUCCCCGCUCUAGCUCUGGUGAAUUCUCUCACCCUCCCGCGCUUCUGACUAUACCCAGUGUUCGUAAAAAUAAAUA